AUGGGAGACGUUGACAAUGUGUUAAUAAGUAUCAAAAAAAUAGAAUCAAUAAAAAGCCAAUUAAACCAGUUAAACAAAAUUAUACAAAAUGAAUUUGGGUCUUAUUGUGGGCGAAAAAAUAGAAGUAUAAAUCUUGAAAUACAUCAUAAUGAAUUUGAUAAAAGUAUAUUCAAACGUUUAUAUUCAUCAUGGAGAAUGGAAGAUCUUAAUAAUUUUAACGGGAAAAGUGUUAUAAAAAUAAUGGAAAGAAAUCCAUAUGUUAUAUUUUUUUUUUUUUUUAUAAUGAUUUUUAUUAUUGUUUAUUUAAUUUCAUUUAUUUUGUAUACUAAAUGGUUUAAAAAAUUAUUAAAAAAAUUUUCGAAUUCACACAAAAAUAAUAAAGAUAAAGAAGAAGAUUGGGUAAAAAAAAAUAAAGCUUAUAGAAAUUCUAAUAGCACACAUGGUACUAUUAAUAAGGAUAAUUAUAAUCAGGAACUUGAUGAGCUUCAUAAUAGUGAUGAAAAUGAAGAAAAUAGUAAUGUUAUAAAUAUUGUAAAAAAGAGAGCUUAUAAUUUAGUAAUUAAUUUGAUAGUUUGUUCUUUUCUUAUUUGUCUUAUUUUUUUGGGAAUUUGGACAAUAUUUAUUUUUGCAGAUACACAAAAAGGAAUUAAUAUGAAUAUCUGUGGAUUAUCAAAAACAGUUGAACAGUUUCUUAUUGAUAAAUGCCCCGACACAAAAAAUGUAAAUCCACAAUGUUAUUCUUUAGAGCAUGUUAUUAAUGAUGCUGUUUCAGUAAUGAAUCAGUAUCAACUCACCAAAGAAUUUGUUAAAAAUAAAACGAAUUUGAACAAGAAUAAGGGCUUGCCUAUUGUUUUAAAGUACCAAACCGGAUUCAACAUGCUAGCAAAACUUAGAGACAACAUAGAUAAAAAUGUUAAAAAAUUAGAGAACGGAUAUCUUCACACAUAUCCAGUUUUAACAAAACUUAGAUUUACUUUGGAUGAAAUUGUUUCGAAGGGAGAGAAUCUAUUAAAUCAGGCUGAAUCUAUUAUUGAUUCUUCAAAAGAAGAAAUUGGAAAAAUAUUCAAUAAUGUAGAUAAUGCUAUAGCUAAUACUGUACAUAAUAAUGUUCCGUCUUUAUCAUCAAAAAUAAGUGGAUUAGGAAUAUAUAUAAAAAAACAAGACGAAAAUUUAAAAAUACGAUAUAUAUUAAAUAAAUUUACAGUUACAAUGAUAAUUUUAAGUAUAGUCAUAUUAUUAUUUUCAUUACUUGUGUUAAUAGGAAUGUUAUCUUAUAUGUAUUUUUUAAUAAGAGGCCAUUCAAUAAAUGAAAAAUUUUUUUCAAAAUUACUUGGUUUUUUUAGUGGAACAUUUGGAUUUUUAGCAAUUAUAAUUUUAAUAAUAGGUACGGCAUUAUUAAGUUUAUCUGUUUUGGGUGGAACAAGUUGUAUUAUAUCUGAUCGAAUAUUAAAAAAUGAAUUUACUUUUGAUUUUUUAAGCGAAAAUAAAAUUGGUUAUUGUUUACAGAAUCCAGAUGAAUCUAUUAUUAAUAAAAAUAUUGUAAAAAAAUAUGCAAACACUCUUGACUCUUUAAAUACAAAUGAUAUAUAUAAUAGUGUUGAAGGCUAUAGUGGUUAUUUUGAUAAAAUUAAGGAUGAAUAUAAACAACAUUCUAAAAUUAUAAAUGAAAAUAUGUGGAUAAUUAUUCCUACAGAUAAUAAUAAAUAUGUAAAAAAUGUUAAAUCAGAUAUUAUUAAAAAAUCAUUAUUAGGAACAUGUUUAACAAAAGAAAGUGCCCAAUUUGAAGAGUAUCAUCUUAUGGGAACAGAUGCUUAUAUGAAAUAUAUAAAUAAAUUUGGUUUGCUAAAUAAUUAUGAGAUGUGUUUUGAAGACCCAUCAUGUGAAAAUAACGACAGAAAAUACAAUAUCAAUUAUAACUCUAAAGUUACAGACCCAAAAUAUCUUGAUGUUAAACGUAAUAGAGUCAUGCUUUAUCAAGAUAGCGAUUUUGAUAAUGUACUUGAAGUGUUCAUAUUAAAAUCAAAAAUUAAUAAUGAUAAAAUUUUUAAUAUUAGCGAUUUAGAUGAAACAAAGAAGGAAAAUAUAACAUGGAGAGAAUAUACACCAAAAAAUGGAGCCGGAGAAAAUAAAAAAUCUAUUGUUCAAACAUAUUUUGAGAAAGCUAUUGAAUAUAUGAAAUUUGAAAAUGUUUUAACUUUACUUAAAGAAGUUAAUAAUCAUAUAAAUUCAUUUAAAAAUGUUAUUAUUGAAAAAGCUAAUUCAUUAGUAGAUAAUACAAAUUGUAGUAGAUUUAUUAAUGUACUAACUAAUAUAAGACAUAAUUAUUGUGACAAUGGAAUUUUAAAAUUAACUCGAUUAUCAGUCAUACUUAUUUCAUGUGGAUUUGUUUCCUUUUGUCUUUGGUACCUUUUCCUUUUUUUUUGGAUAUACCAUCAAAUGAAGAUUAUUUGA